GGUGAAGGCGGCCCCUCGGUGCGCUUUUCAUUAACUUCCACUCGUCGAGUCGAAAUGACAACAUCACACUGGUCAAAGGUAAAAAACUGAAAGAAGAAAACCUCCCACCUUCAGCUUCAAUCUGGUCAUUCGGGACAGAGAAGGGUUCAAGCUCAAGGCGAUGGAGGAGGACAAACCAUGGGCGCUGGACUCCGAGGUGGGGGGCGAGUUCGGUUACCUUGAAGAGCAAGCGGACAUACUCAGACACUUCCUGAUCAUCUCUCACAGGGACCUCCUGCAAAACCCUGAGCUCCACGGCCCCAAAAUCCAGGCCCUGCUCAUGUGGAAGUACUGCCCUACUGCGGAGCCCGCGCUGCUCGGUCUGCUCCCCUCCCUCAAAGUGGUCGCCAGCGGGGGCGUGGGCACCGACCACCUGGACGUGCCCUUCAUCAGCGGACUCGGGGUGAAAGUGGCCAACACGCCCGGCGUGGUCAGCGACGCCACGGCAGAUUUUGCCAUGGGUCUGCUCCUGGCGUCGGCCCGCGAGAUCCUCGAGGGUCAUCAAAUAGCUAUGGACCCAAACACCGUCCACAUACCGCAAAGCCUGAUGGGAGUUGAAGUCACAGGGUCGACGCUGGGGAUUAUUGGAAUGGGAGAUAUUGGCUACAAAAUUGCCCAGAGAAGCUUUGGAUUUGAAAUGAAGAUACUGUAUCACAACAGGACCAGAAGGAGUGUAGAAGACGAGCGGGCAGUUAGAGGAAGUUAUUGCGAGAGGCUGGACGACCUGCUGAGGAGGUCGGACUUCGUCGUGGUAGCCGUCAAACUGACCUCGCGCACGACGGGCCUCAUCGGCCGCAGAGAGCUGUCCCUCAUGAAGCCCUCGGCGACUCUGGUCAACAUCAGCAGAGGUCAAGUUGUGGAUCAGGACGCUUUAGUCGAAGCUCUGCAGUCGGGAGGUAUUCGCGCUGCGGCGUUAGACGUGACUCAUCCCGAACCUUUACCGAGGGAUCACCCCCUCCUCGGCCUGCCGAACGUGCUGAUCACCCCCCACAUCGGGACCAACACAAACAACACGGCGAGAGCGAUGGUGGAGAGGAUGGUAGAAAACGCCCUGGCUGCGGUGAAAGGCUUACCUGUUCCGAACGAAGUCAGGUCACAGUCACAGUGACCGAGCUUGUUCGGCUGAGUCACAAGUUCAUUCAGUCUUUCUGUAGAGGGUGGGCUGGGAUUGUAGACGUCGUCUAAGAUGUCAUGAAAAUAAAAUGUGAAACAAGUCAA